UCCUGCUCUCGCUCGAGGCUCCGACGCGCAGCCAAAAGCGAAUCCCGGCGGCAGCGCUCGGCAGAGGCUCCCACGGCUCCCGGCCCCGCUGCUCGCCCAAGCGACCGCGUCCCAGCCAUGGCAAGAAACCAGCAAGUGCAGAAGGCCAAGCUGGCCGAGCAGGCUGAGCGCUACGAGGACAUGGCAGACUUCAUGAAGGCGGUGGUGGAGCACGGGGACGAGCUGUCCAACGAGGAGCGGAACCUCCUGUCGGUGGCCUACAAGAACGUGGUGGGCUGCCAGCGCUCGGCGUGGAGAGUCAUCUCCAGCAUCGAGCACAAAACCGAGGAGGGCGACGACAAAGCGCAGGUGGUGAACGAGUACCGGGAGAAGGUGGAGCAGGAGCUGAACGCCGUCUGCAACAACGUGCUGGGCUUGCUGGACAAGUAUCUCAUCAAGAAGGACAGCGACACCGAGAGCAAGGUCUUCUACCUGAAGAUGAAGGGCGACUACUUCCGAUACCUGGCCGAGGUGGCCAGCGGCGACGAUCGCCUGUCGACGAUAGAGAAGGCGCAGGAGGCUUACCAAGAGGCCAUGGACAUCAGCAAAAAGGAGAUGCAGCCCACGAACCCCAUCCGCCUGGGGCUGGCCCUCAACUUCUCCGUGUUCCACUACGAGAUCGCCAACGCCCCCGAGCAGGCGAUCUCGCUGGCCAAGACCACCUUCGACGAGGCCAUGGGCGACCUGCACACGCUCAGCGAAGACUCCUACAAGGACAGCACCCUCAUCAUGCAGCUGCUCAGGGACAACCUCACGCUAUGGACAGCCGAGUGUGCUGGCGAAGACGGCGGCGAGGCUGGCGAAGAGCCCAAGAACUGAGCGUGCCCGUGCCCGUGCCCUGCCGAGC